UGAGGACGGGAGAAAAGACGCUAGUCAGUCAUUUUAUUCUCGCAUGUUGUUGGAAGUUGCUGUCUGUCUGAAAUUCUUCCAGUGACAUUACUUGAACGUGAGACUGAGAGGCUGAAACCACGGCUGGCCUAUCUGAAAGGUGAACUUAGCUGCAUGAGUUCUUCAUUUGAGAACGAAGAGAACCUUGGGGUUCACCCUGCAGGGAAGCCCGGUGACUCUGAGGUGGCCGGUGACAUCUUCAAUCUGGACCUGCCCACUGGCAGGCCCUCCAUUCUACGCCAGUCACAGUUUGAGAACGUCACAAACAAAACUGUCCCAAAGGGGGUGAAGGUUUGUUUCCAAACUCCAAGAAGAGAUCCUGUCACAAAGAGGAUUUUGUCUCCUUCAAAGACUUCCAAGAUGAAUGGCUUGGAGGAGUGCAUCAGCAAUCUGGAGUCUCUCAAGCUGACCUGUCCCGAUGAGUCCGUGUCUGAGAAGAAUAGUGAAAAUGAACCAGUUUUGCUAAACUCAGACACAGGAGGACAUGGUGAUGUCCCCAUUCCUCCCAGAGGGAGCUACCUGCUGGACCUGGACAACUUGGAUGCCAUCAAUCCCUUCCAAAGCACAGUCAAGAUGGGAUUUUCUCCUGCCAAGCCGUGCGUAGGUGCCACUGUUUGCAGGUCACCACAAAUCAUGGGUUGCCUCGGGGACUCAAAAGAGGUGACCUUGACUGCUUCCGACCCAGAGAAUGUCGUGGAAGAGGCAGUGAAAUCCGACUUGGCCCUGGACGAAACCCUUCCUAUGGUCGCUUCGCUGGAGAAUUCUGUGGAUCAUGGUUUUGCAGCGGUGCCCUCCACGGACAGUCCUGUUAUCAUUGACCCCCUGAAGCUUCUAGUGGCUCAGUCAGAGCAGAGCCUGAAUGACGACACAGAGGAACUUACCAGAGCACUCUCUCCAGCAGUUCCGGAACCUGCCCAAAUUCCAGAGUCCAAAUCGGAGCCAGCACCUGUCUGCAAUUCUGAGGAGGAAGCGCCACUACCAGCCAGGGGUGCCUACUCGUUUGAUUUCGACAACCUAGACUCAGUCAACCCCUUCCAGACUGGUGGCUCCAAAAUUCCCAAUUCCCCAGCACAAGGCAGAAAAGAAGAGCCUGUUAAGUCUUCCCCACCAAAACAAGAGCAUUCAUUUAAUGAGCAGACAAAGGUUGACGAAUGUCCAGUGACUGUACAGCCAGUCGCUGAGGCACCGGCACCGGCACCUGUGAUUAUGGAACACAAAGCUGCUGCUGUUGAGGAAAUCAGUGCAUCCAAGGAGCUCUCCAGUUCAGAGCCAGCCCCUGCAGCUGAUGAUGGCCACGCAAAACUGCUGGAGGUCAACUUUGGUGAUGAUGCUGAAGUAACGCCCACCCCACCCGUCACUGCUGAAGAAGAUGCCCCUCUACCAGCCAGGGGUGCCUACUCGUUAGAUUUUGACAAUCUAGACUCUGUCAAUCCCUUCCAGACUGGUGGCUCGAAAAUUACCAAUUCCCCAGCUCAAGGCAGAAAAGAACAGCCUGUUAAGUCUUCGCCUCUUAAACAAGAGCAUUCACUUGAGGAGCAGACAAAGGUUGACGACCAUCCAGUGACUGCACAGCUAAUUGCAGAUACACCUACAAUUUUGGAAGACAAACCUGCUGUUGAGGAAACCAGUGUAUCCAAGGAGCUCACGCCACUUGUCAAUGCUGAAGAUGAUGCCCCUCUACCAGCCAGAGGCGCAUACUCGUUUGAUUUCGACAACUUGAACUCCGUCAAUCCCUUUCAGACUGGUGGUUCUAAAAUCGCCAAUUCACCAGCCCAGGGGAGAAAAGAACAGCCUGUAACGUCUUCUCCACCAAAGCAAGAUGCCCGUGGUGAGCAGACAAAGGUUGACAAUCCAGUGUCUGCACACCCAAUCAUUGAGGCACCUGCUUGUACAGAAGACAAACCAGCUGUUGUCAAGGAGACCCUGAGUUCAGAGCCUGCCCCUGCCGAUGAUGGGCAAGUGAAGCUACUGGAGUUCAACUUUGGCGAUGAGACUAAAGUCAAGCGCAAGCCACCUUUCAAAAAACUGGGCAAGAAGCCUCAGGGUACGAAGCCAUCAGAGAAAGUGGCACCCACAGAGAAGGCAGCGGCUCCUACAGAGAACAAACCUGCCUCCCCAGUUGAAGAGCCCAAGCCUGCAGCCAAAACGGAACCGCAGGAACCCACUGAAGUGGCUCUUCCGAAAGGCUCUUACCCUGUAGACUUUGACAAAUGGGACGACCCGAAUUUCAACCCGUUUGGCGCCAAGGCUGCCGUGGGCAACUCUCCUGCGGCUGAGCGGAAGAAUCCUGUGGUUUCUCCUGCCCCGCCGCCCUCUCAGAAACCUGUGGCAAAGAUCAACACUGUUCAGAAGGAGACGGAUGACCACACAAGCACUAUGCAUGCAGGGGUGAGAAUGGAGGAUGCUGAGAACACCACCAUCACAGUUCAGCAGCCCACGGCAAGUCGUGCACCAGCGACCUGUCCCUCCAGCAGCCCCCCAAAACGACACAUGGCACCAGUGCAGCCCGAGCCCACAGAGAUGAACCAGCCACAGCAGAACCCCAACUUCAGCACCGCUGGUGGACAGGAAGAGGAGUUUGUUUCAGGGAAUGCCUUUAUGGCUGGAUUUGAUGGACAGAUCGAUUAUCUGGAGCAAUUUGGAUCUAGCAAUUUUGCGGAGUCUGCCUUGCGAAAGCAGUCACUGUAUCUGAAGUUUGACCCCCUGCUGAGGGAAAGCCCUAAGAAGGGUUCAGGUGGCAACGCCAUGGGUGUCAGUCUGCCACGUCCCUCUUUUGCAACCAGACUGGAUGCCCAGAAGCCUGCUGAUGUGAAGCUUUCACAGGGUGACUCUGGAAAGCUUUUGGCCGACUUGCCAGCUCCUGACCCAACUGUGUUAGACCUCUUGGUUCCCACGUUCAAGCAGCCGGUGAAAAAUGACGAUGCCUCCAUCAUCGAGGUCCUGAAGUACAGCCAGAAAGACAUGGACGCUGCUCUGGCCAGAGCUCGGGAAGAGGCUGAGCGAAAUGGAGACAAAAUAAAGGCUGAACGGGAUUCACUUCUUGAGGAUAAACGACAACUGGGGAUUGCCCUCAAGGAACAUGAUGGAUUACUGGAACAAAUCCUUGCUGAGAAAGAGAAGGAGAAGCAAGCCAUCUUGGCGGAGCUGAAAAAGGUUCAGCAGGAGAAGGACCAGGCCCUCAUGGACCUCAACUCAAUGGAGAGGUCACUCUCCGACCUCUUCAAGCGUCUGGACAAGCACAAGGAGGUGAUCAACGGCCACAAGAAGGAUGAAGAGACGUUGAAGGCCCUAGUGGAGGAGUACGCGUCCCGCAUCAGGCAGGAGGGGCAGCGCUACAAGUCCCUCAAGGCCUAUGCUGAGGAGAAGAUCUCCCUGGCAAAUAAGGAGAUUGCUGAAGUGACGUCCAAGAACAGAUCAGAAGUCACCGGUCUGCAGGCCCAGUUGAAGAGGGAGCAGAUCAGAAACCAGUCACUGCAGAUGAGCCUGGACCAAAAGAUUAAAGACGUGGAGGAGUUGAAUAAGGUGUGUGAAGACCUGAUUUUGAACGUCCAGAAAAAUUAGCUUUUGUCUGUUUCUCUUGUCUGUCUAUUUCUAUGUUCUUUUUUGUUGUCUUUCUUUGUUGAAUGUUGAUGUAAAAAAAAUGUUUAAUAAAAUGUUUUAAAUCA